AUGGCGAUAUUGGUGAAAAGCGACCAGCAAAACUUUGAAAUUUUAGAACUGAUUACCAAGGAAAUCGACACCGCCGCUGGUGUCGAGAAAAAAUUCCGCACAAUUUCGGUGCCCCAAGAAAUGAGCUGGGCAUUCAAGAAAACCAGUAGCAAUAAUGGAAAGCAUAUAAAACGCUGCCUUCAGCCCAACAAACGAGGUGCUUUCCUCUAUAUACUCCCACCUUCCUUGCGCGGGAUUGUGACAGACACAAAUCAGAGAGCCGUGAUUGCUUUUCCUCGUCUCUUGCACCGGGCAUUCAUCAACAUCAGGAUUUCCGACUAUACGUUGAAAAGAAACGCUGUGCAUGAAAACGCGAUACGGCAGGAGGUUAACCAUAAAGAAGAACUCCAUAGCCAAAAUGCUGAAUUCCAGGAAGCUUCAAAUCUCCGUUGUUUUACAGCCGGUGUCAGCCGUCUUUUCCAGACGCAGGGCUUCACGCUCACUGACAGAUAA